CCCGUCCAAUCCAAUCAUCCACACACCCCUACCCCCUCCAAAAAGCUCACGUCGGCGCACGAACGGCAAAAAAGCGAAGGAGCCGCGCUCAGUGGGCCAACCAGACAGCUGCAUGACCUCUCACGUUGCCCACACAAUACAUGCCAAUCUCACCCACAACCACAAACAACACAAAACCACGCGCCCGUCUGUAUGUUGGCCACCCCACCUAGGCGAAGAUGUCAUCGGCCUGUUGCUGUUCGUCGGACUCUGACUCUGACUCCAGCAUGGCGGCCUUGAACGUCUCCAGCUGCUUCUGCAGCUUCUCCAGCUCCCUCUCCGCAGCAACCCGGUCCCUCCUCUCCUGCUGCCACGACACAUACAGCUGCGAAGCCGACUGUCGCUGCUUCUGUGCCAUCCGCCAGUCCUUCCGUCGCUGAUGCAUCUCGUCCAGCACAGAGACGGCCGAGUCGAUGUCGGUGUCGAAGGCCGCCAUCAUGUCGUCCUCGGCCAUGAUUGGGGGCGGUGUGGGCGCCUUGGGGUCGAAUCGCGGCCAGUCGUUGGUCGUAAGCCAGUAGUAGAGGAAGAAGAAUCCGGGGAUCUGUGCCGGCAGGGGAGAGAGAGUGCACGUAUGGAUUCUUUGCGUGUGCGUGCGUGUGUGUGUGCGCGCGCGAGUGCUGCUUACGGGCUUGAACUCAGGAACCAUGUGUCCCGCACCCCUGACCGUCAGAAAGUCGAAGUUGUUGGCGUAUCGGACCACGUAGCUGCACACACACACAGAGGACACAUAAGGAAAAGAUGAGCCUGCCCUGCCCCCGUUGCCCACCCACCCACUCCCUCCCACCGCACCCAGCGACUUGUCUCUUGCCGUCCAGUGUCCACGGUCGCCAUGGCUCUAUCUCCUCAAAUCCCAUGGCGCGUGUCCAGAACUCACCGCCAUUGUACUGCAUACACAGAACAGGCACACCCAUUCCAUUCAACCAUACCAUCCACAGGGGGGAUGGCUUACCGGCACACUGGCGUCGGCGUCGCCAUAGAAGAUCAGAACGCGGUAGCCGUUGGCCACCAGCCGCUCGUAGAUCGGCCGGACAUCCUCACACGUCGGCACAUAGCCCGUCCACCCGUCCCACUCGUGCCAGUGCCCCUUGACGUGCAGCGCAGCCUUCACCUCCUCCCUGUUGAGCCACGUGUGCAUUCCCCGUGUCGAGCCGCACUCAUAGUCGUCCAAAGAACCACGCAAAGGACUGCUUUGCGUGUGUGGGGGUCUCCGUUGCGGCAUUGCGUGGCGAGCGAACGAGAGGGGAUGGGGCUUGGGGAUGCGCUGGGUGAGGUCUGCUGCUGCUGCCGCUGCGGAUGUGAGCUGGUCGCCGGUGCCAAAACAUUCGUCGUAUAUGUUGUAGACAUAAAAGCCGCCUGACAUGAGAGAGAGAAAGGAGACAGACAGACACACCGUCGUGUGGCCACACGUGCCCUGCUCGUGUGUAAGUGUGUGUGUGUGUUGUGUGCUGUGUCACACACACACUUACCGAUUUCCGUCUCCAUUUGAUCGAUCAGGCCCUGAUUGAAGGAAUGCAAUGCACCCACCAGAUACCUACCGGCCGGUGACUGAUCUGCCCAUCCUUCAUGUGUGUGCCUGACUGACCUUGCAUGUCGGGCUGUCGGAGUAGUUUCCGUGGAGAAGCUCGGGAAAGCAUGUCGACUGAAGAGCAAGACGGGUGGGGGUGGAGAACUGGCCAUGACCGUACAGGACCUCCGAAUACUGCCGACCACACACACAUACACAGACAUACCACAACGUCAUCACGUCUUGGGUUGUCUGCCUGUUUGUGUGUCAGGUAUGCAUUUACCUACCCAGUACAUGUCAUCGACGCCACACCCGCCCUGCGCGUGUGUCCCCAUACACCCAUCGCCAACCACCACUCCCCUCAAGCUGGGGAUAGACCUACACGGACAACACCACACAACACAGAUGGGCACGAACUUGUCACGGCGGUGGUGUGAUGCCUACGUGCUCGUCUCACUCACCCAGGGUUGUCCAGUAUCAGCUCAGCCAGCGUCGGCACAUACACCCCCGCAUACGAUUCACCCGUUAUGUGAAAAUCAUUGCCCGAAAACUCGGGAUAUGCCUGAAACAGAAAACAGAAAGGCAUUUGACGGCGAGUGUUCGGCUGUGUGUCGAGUGGCGCCGCCGAGAAGGAAUCUUUUCCGUACAUCGAAAAAGUUGACGAGGAAGUCGAAGUUGUCUUGUGCGGUGAUGGUGUCGUUCCAGAGGGGACACUUGUGUGGGUCCACACAGUGUGACCAUCCCACUCCAGCAGGACUCUCGAAGAACAACAUACUCGCAAACUGACAGACACAUCAACACCAACCAACACACAUGCGAUGCCGUGCACGAUGAAUAUGCGACUCCUUUGACCGCACCGCUCAAGUCACCUUCGUCCAGGUCCAUGGGUUGGGGAUGAGCUUGGGCACCCCCUGAUACGGGAUGCCCUCGAAUGACAGAUCAUUCGUGAGGAAUGGGCCCAUCUCCGUCAGCAGUCCCAACAUCCCGCUGGCACCGGGACCCCCCUUCAGACCAUACACACCGCACACACACCACACAAUAACAUGUAUGCGGGCGCGUCCAUGGCGUGGUGUGCAUUGCAUUGCAUGAGUGACAGACGUUUGCACCUCACCUGCAUCCAGAGCAGCAGCGGGUCCCUCUCAGGGCUGUUCUCGGAAGUGAUGAGCCAGUAGUGGUACAUGCGUGUGCCAUUGGCCACAGGGAUGAAGCCAGAGUACAUCCGUGAUGGCAGCGGACCCUCCCAACCUGCAGAUGUGAUCCAACACCAACACAACUGAGAUGCCGUGCGUGCCCAGACACAGAAGACAGUGGUUGCACCUGACCUGGCAGGCUCUUGAUCAUGUCUGCCUCCACAGCUGCCUUGACCCUGGCGAUGCAGACCAUGCUCACCAGGCAGAGCAGCCUCCACAUCCAUCCGGAAGCCAUAGUGAUCCUCCAGAUCUUCGACUCAGAACAUGCACAGCACGACGAUAGAUAGACCAACCCAGUCACGGCUGGUGGUUAUUG